AGAGUGAGGGGAAACGGUUUGGGGACAGCCGGGCAGGCAACCGUCCAGUGGAAAAACUCACACAGAGCCCGCCAGCUUGACAUAUUUUUCAGUUUGCCGUUAGCGGCAGUGUUGAGUUUUAACAUUAUUUGUUUGGUUCUUUGCUCAAACGAAGCCGAUUUUAAUACUACAAAUCAGGCCGAGUAAUAUCGGAUGUGAUGUCCAGCUCGCCGCUGUCCAAGAAGCGUCGCGUGUCAGAAACAGAGACGAAGACGGGAUCUCACUGCUCCUCCUCUAACUCUGUCAGAACUGAUCUGUCCCACACACCUGCCAACGGCAUGGCUAAGAAUGGCAAUGAUGCUGAGAUUGAUGAAGGGCUGUACUCCAGACAACUCUAUGUGUUGGGCCAUGAAGCAAUGAAGCGCAUGCAGAACUCCAAUGUCCUCAUUUCCGGCAUGAGAGGUCUUGGAGUCGAGAUUGCCAAGAAUGUCAUCCUGGGUGGAGUCAGAAGCGUCACUGUGCAUGACCAGGGGCUUGCAGAAUGGAGAGACCUUUCCUCUCAGUUUUACAUUCGAGAGGAGGACCUUGGAAAGAACAGAGCAGAGGUGAGCCAGCCCCGCUUGGCUGAACUCAACAACUAUGUUCCUGUGACCGCCUAUACUGGAGCCCUCACAGACGACUACCUGACCAAGUUCCAGGUGGUCGUGCUGACUAACUCCCCUCUGGACGAGCAGAAGCACGUAGGAGAUUUCUGCCACAGCAAAAGCAUCAAGCUGAUCAUUGCAGACACGCGUGGCCUGUUAGGCCAACUUUUCUGUGACUUUGGAGAGGAAAUGACAGUGUAUGACACUAAUGGUGAGCAGCCACUUAGUGCCAUGAUUUCCAUGAUCACCAAGGACAAUCCAGGGGUUGUGACAUGUCUUGAUGAGGCCCGUCAUGGCUUUGAGAGCGGAGACUAUGUCACAUUCACAGAGAUUCAGGGGAUGACAGACCUCAAUGGCUGUCAGCCAGUGGAAAUCAAAGUUUUGGGCCCAUACACCUUCAGCAUCUGUGACACAACUGGCUUUAAAGACUAUGUGAGAGGAGGAAUAGUCUCUCAGGUUAAGAUGCCCAAGAAGAUCAGUUUUAAAUCCUUCUCCUCCUCCAUGGCUGCCCCUGAGUUUAUCAUGACGGAUUUUGCCAAGUUUGAGCGUCCACCACAGCUCCAUGUGGGCUUCCAGGCUUUCCAUGCCUUCCAACAGAAACACAGCCGCCUCCCUGUUCCCUGGAGCCAGUCUGAUGGCGAAGAGCUCUUGAGUUUGGCCAAGGAAUUCAACUCUGCCCAAACGGAGUCUGCCAAAGUGGAACAGCUGGAUGAAGCCCUUAUCAAAAAGAUGUCGUACGUUGCUGCUGGUGAUCUUUCCCCUGUCAAUGCUCUUGUUGGAGGUGUAGCUGCACAAGAAGUGAUGAAGGCAUGCACUGGGAAAUUUAUGCCUAUAAUGCAGUGGCUGUAUUUUGAUGCCCUGGAGUGCCUGUCUGAAGAGGAAGGAUUCAUGCUCACAGAGCAGGAAUGUGCUCCUAUAAACUGUCGAUAUGAUGGGCAGAUCGCAGUGUUUGGCACAAAGCUCCAAGAACUGCUUGCCAAACAGCGCUACUUCCUGGUUGGAGCUGGAGCCAUCGGCUGUGAGCUGUUGAAGAAUUUUGCUAUGAUUGGACUGGGAAGUGGGGAUGGUGAGGUCAUUGUGACUGACAUGGACACCAUAGAGAAAUCCAAUCUCAACAGACAGUUCCUGUUCAGACCCUCAGAUGUUACAAAAAUGAAAAGUGACACAGCUGCUGCUGCAGUGAAGCAGAUGAACCCCUCCAUCCGGAUCACGGGUCAUCAGAACAGAGUGGGCCCCGAGACAGAGAGGGUCUAUGACGACGACUUCUUUGAAAGCCUUGAUGGAGUUGCCAAUGCACUAGACAACGUUGAUGCCCGUAUGUAUAUGGAUCGCCGUUGCGUAUACUACCGCAAACCAUUACUGGAAUCUGGUACUUUGGGUACCAAAGGCAACGUCCAGGUCGUCAUCCCCUUCCUCACAGAGUCUUACAGCUCCAGUCAAGACCCACCUGAGAAGUCCAUUCCCAUCUGUACCCUGAAAAACUUUCCAAAUGCAAUUGAACACACUUUGCAGUGGGCCCGUGAUGAGUUUGAGGGGCUAUUCAAACAGCCACCGGAGAACGGCAUGCAGUACUUAACAGAUCCUAAGUUUAUGGAGCGUACGCUGAAGCUUCCAGGAGCUCAGCCUAUGGAGGUACUGGAGGCUGUGUACAAGUGUCUUGUCACAGAUUGCCCACACAGCUGGGCAGAAUGUGUGUCCUGGGCUCGCAACCACUGGCAGUGCCAAUACAGCAACAACAUCCGCCAGCUAUUGCACAACUUUCCUCCAGAUCAGCUCACUAGCUCUGGGGCCCCCUUCUGGUCAGGACCAAAGAGGUGUCCUCACCCCUUAGAAUUCAGCACUAGCAAUGACCUGCACAUGGACUAUGUAAUCGCAGCCGCCAACCUGUUUGCUCAGAUGUACGGCCUACCACGCAACACUGACCGCGCAGGUGUGGUCAAGAUCUUGCAGGACGUGAAGAUUCCACCUUUCACCCCCCGCUCAGGGGUCAAGAUCCACGUCUCUGAUCAGGAACUGCAGAACAGCAAUUCAUCUGUCGCAGAUGACUCCAAACUGGAAGAGCUCAAGAAAAAGUUGCCUUCCAAUGACACUUCCCAGUUCAAACUCGUCCCAAUUGAAUUUGAAAAGGAUGAUGAUUCCAACUUCCACAUGGACUUCAUUGUUGCAGCCUCCAACCUGAGAGCAGAGAACUACGACAUUCCACCUGCAGACCGACACAAGAGCAAACUGAUCGCUGGCAAGAUCAUCCCUGCCAUUGCCACUACGACCGCUGCAGUGGUGGGCCUGGUGUGUUUGGAGCUGUACAAGAUAGUCCAAGGCCACAAGAAGCUCGAGUCGUUCAAAAAUGGCUUCAUGAACUUGGCCCUGCCUUUCUUUGCCUUUUCUGAGCCCAUCGCUGCUCCCAAACACAAGUACUAUGAAAUUGAUUGGACCCUGUGGGAUCGCUUUGAAGUCAAAGGCCUGCAGGACAACGGGGAGGAGAUGACACUCCGGCAAUUCCUUGAUUACUUUAAGACUGUCCAUAAGUUGGAGAUCACCAUGCUUUCUCAGGGCGUGUCCAUGCUCUAUUCAUUUUUCAUGCCUGCUGCCAAACUUAAAGAGAGACUGGACCUACCGAUGACAGAGAUCGUGACCAAGGUGUCCAAAAAGAAGCUGGGCAAGCACGUGACGGCCCUGGUCUUCGAGCUGUGCUGCAACGACCUGUCGGACGAAGACGUGGAAGUGCCCUAUGUCAGAUACACCAUCCGCUGAGCUCCACACCAGGUCCACCCACUGGCGGGUGGGAGUUGCAGGGGGAUGGCAUGGGGGAGGUCUGGAUGGGGAGCCGUAGUGGGACAAGGGGUGGGGAACUCGAUCCAGGUUGGCUCUAUUGGAUCAAUGGAUUUCUUUUUUGGGCCUGCGGUUUGCGUAAACCUGUGCCUGACUGUACAUAGCCCCGGUAAGCUGACUAAAGGAUACCUUUGUCUGUUAGGGAUCCAGCUGGUGCUCGGCUGUGGGAACAGGGGUUUUAUUGGAAGAAGGGAGCAUGUACACUGGACAUCGUAAUGUUUUUCAUUAGUAAAACCUCUACACUUCAAUAAGCCUUAGUGGUCUCUGUUUUCCAAAGCCACACAUAACCCCCACCACCCCCCCAGUGUAAAAUAUAAUGCCGUGGCAGUCAAUUUUCAUUCCUCCCCCUCUACCUGCUCUCUUCUCUCCUCCAACCCCCGUCUCAUGGACCUGAUCCCACAUUACAGUUUUUUUUCCCCUUUUUUUUCCCCCUUUCAUUUUCUCAAAUGAUGCGCCUGAUUGAUUUAAGAACAACCCAGACAACUCUUAUAAACCUUAAGUCAACUUUUCCUGAGUGGAAAUCUAAAUGUAUCACACUGGCAGAUGCUCGUCCCAGUCUAAGGAACCCCUACACCCUCAUCAUAGCACAGCGUGGUUUUUGAGGGGCCCUUGCACAUGACAUCAGUUUUCUCUUUAUCCUCUUUAUAUUUCAUGUGUUUUGUUAUAUUUUAUUUUAUUUUGGGGAGGGAGGAUAGGGAUCGUAUAAAGCUUUGGCACACAUCUGGUAGAUCAUAAACUCUUUCUACUUUAACUCCAAAAGACAAAACCGUGUAAGAGCAAGGCAUUAAGAUGUAUCUUGAAGUGGGAGCACUUACUGUGAUAGUGAAUAAACAUGUAAAAAAAAA